AUGCGCAGUACAAAACUACCUACACCCGUCCCAAACCAAGGCAGAUCAUGGACACUGGGCCAUUAUCUCGUCUUGUCUUCAACUACACUGAUCAUGGACGAUGUUGCUGAGUUCUUUUCCCCUGAAGCUUUGCGCCUCCUUGACGAGUCUGGCAUCGACCGUGAGACAGUUUUCCAGCCAGACAAGCUCCCAGUCGAUCACACGUCGUCCACUGGUCCUGCGCAAUGCGAGGCGCAAACGAACCAGAAUCCACUCAGUUCCCUCCAAGGUAAUCCCGGAUGCUCAACACUUCCUCUUGGAAUUCUUACCAAACCCAAGCGCAAACGUGCAAAGUUUGACAUCAUGGCUCAUGCGAAAGUUGCGAUCGUGCGGGAGAAAGGGGCGUGCUUGAGAUGCAGAGCUCUGAAAAUACCGCGGCUGGAGUCACCCUGCAUCACGGGGAACGCAUUCAGUGAAGCUCAGAAAAAUCUCCUUCGCAACCUUGCCCACCACAUGAUCCACAUCGCAGGGCGAGCUCAAGUCUUAGACAGCCAGAGAGAUAAUUGCCAUACCCUCGACCACGCUUACUGUCUUUGGAGCAGAAAAGCUGUGUUCGAGUGGGAAAUUGUCCCAAAUGAUAGCCCCAGAGAGCUAGAAGAAGAUUUAAGACCUUUCGCCCACUUCUGCUCAGCACACAACACUCAAGGACUCGGCUCCACGGAUCUGAGUGGGGAGCCAUCACCGCUACUUUCUCAAAAAACUUCGGCUCCCUCUUUGACCUCACUCUCAGAGAUCGUUUCUCCCGAGAAUAUUUUUCGAAGACCAGUACCCCGAGUCACCAACGCCACCGAAAAUUCAAUGCUUGGUCGAUGUUUCUCUUGCAACAACGCACUUGAUGUCGAAGGCUCAUUUCGACCUCGCCUUUCCCUUUAUCUCGAUGUUUCAACGGACGAAACUUCGGAUGAUCUUGGUGAUUCUGCACUACAAGGCCAAACGGUUCUCGAACUUCUGGAUCUUCAGGCUUCACCAGUCACUUGUUCAACAUCUUAUCCAGAAGAUGGAUGGAGUUGGUCGGACCCCCAUGACCUCCUGGUAGGCAGCCAGGGCGGAGUCUCCGAACCAUCGUCUGAGCCAGGUCUGGAUUAUUCCCCCACUACUAACUCCUUGAGUAUGCCGGGGAUCAAGUCUGCUCCAACUCCUUCAGCGCUGAGAUCGCCGGAUAUGACAUCAUGCCGCCAAAACUCCAACUUCUCCCUUGAACAGAAAGCGGAGAAGACCGCGCAAUUCAGAGGACAACUUGGUCCCCGCCCGAACACGACUAGGGGGUUCUUGCAUUCGAUGCCAUCAUUGGAUGAAUGGCACCGAUGUAUCAGAGUGCUACGACACCCUUGUGUGUGA